CAAGUUUGAUUAUAUAGCGUGAUUCUUUUUAUAAUUUCUGAAUAUAUGGUAUGGAAUCAAGUUGGUAUUUCAAAACUGCAUAUUGCAUAUAUAAUUCUUGGUUGUUCUGCUUCUCUAUUUAUGCUUGUUUCUCUUUUUAUUAAACAGAGAUUAUAUAUUGGAGAAGCGAUGGUAGCAACUAUUGUAGGUAUUGUUUUUGGGCCUUGUUUUAUUAAUAUAUUUGAUCCUGGUUCGUGGGGUAAUAUUGAUUAUAAUACACUUGAACUUUCUCGAAUUGUUUUGAUUGUUCAGGUUUUUGCUGUUGGUGUAGAACUUCCUAAAGGAUAUAUACUAAAGCAUUGGAAAAGCUUGGUUAUGCUUUUAUGUCCCGUUAUGAUUUUUGGAUGGAUUAUUACGAGUGUUAUAGUGUAUUUAUUAGUACCAAAUCUUGUUUUUAUUGAGGCGUUAAUAUUAGGUGCUUGUGUUACUGCAACAGAUCCUGUUCUUGCUUCUUCUAUAGUAGGAGAAAGUGAAUUUUCUAAGAAAAUUCCUGAGCAUAUCCGCAAUAUUUUAUCUUGUGAAUCUGGAUGUAAUGAUGGAUUUGCUCUUCCUUUUCUAUUUAUUGGAUUGCAAUUAUUAGCAGAUUCGUUUAGAUUAAAAACUAUUGGCAAAUUUUUUCUUAUAAAAAUACUUUAUGAAGUUGUUUUCGGUUGUAUUUUAGGAUUAAUCAUUGGUUUUUUUGGAAGAAAAGUCGUAAAAUUUUCAGAAAAGUAUAAUUUAAUUGAUCGUGAAUCAUUUCUUGCGUUUUAUUUUGUGUUAUCAUUAUUUUGCGCUGGAAUUGGAACUUUGGUAGGAAUAGAUGAUCUGCUAGUUAGUUUUUCUGCUGGUGCUGCAUUUUCUUGGGAUGGUUGGUUUUCAAAAAAAACUGAAGAAUCGCAUGUUUCUAGUGUUAUUGAUUUAUUGCUUAAUUUUGCAUUUUUUGUAUAUUGGGGUGCUAUGAUACCAUGGAAACAAUAUAAUAUGCCAGAGCUGGGAAUAACUCCUUGGAGAUUACUAAUUGUUGCAAUUUGUGUGUUACUUUUUCGACGAAUUCCUGUUAUUCUUACGUUAAAGCCUUUAAUUCCUGAUAUUCAUACCUGGAGAGAAGCUUUUUUUUGUGGUCAUUUUGGUCCAAUGGGCGUAGGAGCUAUAUUUGUUUCUGUAUUGGCUCGUAUAGAAUUAGAAACCAAAAUCGGUAAGCCUUCGGAAAAGGUUCUAGCUAAUUCAAUUAUUUCUUAUCAUAAGUUAAUACUAAUGAUUUGGCCUAUCACAUCAUUUUUAGUAUUAUCAUCAAUAAUUGUACAUGGUUCUUCUGUUGCAAUUUUUGUUCUCGGGAAACAUUUAAAUUCAUUUUCAUUUACUCCAACCCAUCAUGAUAAUGAAUGUUUGAAUUGGAUUAAUCGUUUUUCGAAACGUGAAAUUAUACGUCCUGUUAUAUUUAGAAGAAAUUCGGAAAAAUAUAAUACAUGUAUCAAAAGAAAACUGAAUAGAGAAAGAUGUACUAGUGAUCCGGUUAAGUUUUUCCCUGUUGAUAAUCUAUCUGAACUUGAAAAUGGUGACAUUUUUCAUAUGAAUGAUUAAAAACAUACUUUUUUGGCUCGCUCUAAGUAAUAUCUGAGAUAUUAUA